UUCAAAUUAACGCUCUGGCCGCAGAAAUGGAAUUGACGGCCUCAUAUUACGGGAAACUUGAUAAAAGAAACCCAGUUGUUUUAGCUUUUGAACGAGACAUCAACUCAUUUGUAACAGCGAUAAGGCGAGUCGCUUCUUCGAGCAGCCAAGAUGACGUCUCUUACGCGAAAGGGAUUAAAAUGCUGGUGGAGAUAUGGGAGAAGUACAAACCUCGACUGCCUUUGCAUUUCUACCAGGAGCGCAUGUUGGACAUUGCAGAUUUUCUUUUGGGGAUAAAGUCAUAUCAGUUGGCUCUUUGGCAUGGUUACAGUCUCCAUCUUCUGCAGUUCAGUUUAGUUGAAAUAACUGAGAUCACAGAUGUGGACCACUACAUGGCCUGCUUCUUCCCUGACGGAUUUGAUACAGACCAAAAUAUCUUAACCAUGAAGAUCCGUGCCAUGCAAGGCUGGGCCCUAUGUAUAUUUGAGCAGGAAAAAAAGCACCCAGUCCUCAGCCAGAAGGGACUCAGCAAACUGCUUUGUGUGCUAAACUUCAUCAGGGUCAUGAUGCAGGCUUUUCAGGAACAUGAGCACCUCUGCUGGCACAUUUAUAAUGGUUCGUUACACAUCUACAACAUCUGUCGUUACCUGAUGACUAUGAAUUAUAGUGAACAGGCACUGGAGUAUCUCCUGUGGGCAAGCAUUAGCUUAGAGCUCUCCAUCCCUAUGAUGACUUCCAAGAAUCUGUUGUGGAUUGUUACACUCUAUUGUGCUGUCUGCCACUGUUACUACGACAUCCAGGCGGAGGUGCAGGCAGAGGAAUUUGCCAGGAGAGCCCUUGGAAAGAUCGAUGGGCUAGCAAAGAUGGAGGAGCAGAAUGAAGUCCCUGCCACCAGAGAGACCCAGAGAGCUUACAGAGAAGCCUCAAUCAAGCUGGCUGCCAUGAUUUUCAAGCGGGCUGUGUUUGAGGACAGAAUGAGACCCAAAUCCAUGCUCAGAGUCAAAACCAAAAGCACCUUGAAGGACAUACCUAAUGCGCCAUGGCCUCGUACUACAACAGAGCGAGUGCUAAUGGGCCUGUUUGACAGCAGUGCAGCACAGUUUUUGGGGAUCUUGGAAGCACUUUGGGACAGCAACAAACGUCCACUGGAGACCAGGAUACCAGAUGAACCAGAGCUUCAGGAGGUGAUUCUGGAACUCCUGUCAGCUGGCAUCAGUAUAGUAUCUGAAAUAUCUACUGGUGAGUCUCUUGAUGUGACCCCAACAUCCACUCUGAUGGACUUAGCCAUUACAGGAGAAAACAAAGUACCCCUCAUUUCUGCGGUGCGGUUCAUUAAGCUGUUGUUUCAGUACAAGCAGCCAGAUACUUUCGCUGAACUUUCCAGAGAGAUGCUGCAGGUUUUGUCUAGUGUGGAAGGUCAGCCAUUCAGGAAGGCAGAGCUGGAACUUUCCCUACUUCACAAUUUCAACAGUGUGCUUUCGUCCCAGGGGAACCAUCCUAAAGGGGAAAACAUGAUUGAUGACAGACACAAGCAACAUUUCCAAAUGAGUGAUGAAUUUACUGACUUGGUGGACACCCUGCACAGGGCUGUUUGUGGCUCUGAGGUGCAGCCAGAUGGGGACCUGGUUUUGGAUGCUGUGAUAUUUCUGUGGGAUCAAGUGAAGGUGGUGUUUCAGAUGGAUCAAAUGCAAAACCCUAAUUACCUUGAGAAGGUAGAUAAUUAUGAUAAGUGGCUGUGGUGUCUGUCCUUGCUGUUUGAGGUGGCAUUAUUCUGUGACCUUGCAGCUGUUGACUGCAUAAUGAUGGCAGAGAUGAUCCACACAUUGGCCAUACAGCUUGAGAGUGCAGCUGAACACAGUGGUCAAAACAAAAGUCAAGGUAAGAAAUACGACUUAAUAAAAAAUAUUGAAAACAAAAUGCUUGUGUUUUGUGUGUGUGUGUGCUUGCAGAGUUCAAGCACAGAGCUGCUAAAGAAGGUGUGUGAUGUGGUGGUGAGGGGGCUUGAAGCUCUGGCGAAGGGUGUAGUUACACUGCUGCCCCAAGAUUGCUCAGCAGUCAUAGACUCUGCUUUCAUGCAGAAAUUCAGUCCCAAGCCUCCAUCAACCCCCUCCCCAUCUUUUCUGACAUCAUCAGAAGAGGUAAAUAAAGAAGAUGAAAGUACGAUGGAGACAGAUGAUGUGGAAGUUACAGGAGAGUCAUACACUAAAGUUCAUCAACACACUCAAUCAACCCGUGUGUACCUGCUAAUCAAGGACCUUCAUCAUGAGCUAAACAUCAUCUACCACAGGGCUUUCCUCAAGUUACUGAGGCAAAAUGCAGUUGUGGAGUGUGAACACUUGGAUUGGAUUAAGAAGAACAAAGUGGCCAAAGCUCUUUUCCUGAUCCAGAAAGCCUUGGUGGUUUACAACAACAUGGAACCAGAUAACAGCAGCAAAACAAAGAGUCUGCUAGAGGAGGCCUCCACCAUGAUUGAUAAAGCAGGGUUGGAAGAGAGAAAACUGUAUUUGUCCACCACCCUUAAGACUUCAGCUGAAAACAAAGAAAAGGGCAUGAUGGGGGAAGAAGAAAGCUCUCCACCUCCUCCAGUCUUACUCGCACGCACAGACCGCUCUUUAACCUUUGCCCCGGCACCUUAUAAAUUAGAGGGACAAGUGUUCUGGUACCAGCUCUAUGGCCGGGCAGCUGAUAGCAUUAACCGGAAAGUCCGUCUUGGAGACGGCAGCCUUCCAGGAACAGGAAAUAUGAUACCAGCAGUAUCCGGUGAAUGUGUGCUGAAGGUGGAGGGGCUGGAGCCCAACCAGAAGUAUGUGUUUGCUGUUGCAGCUUACAACAGACAAGGCAAGCUACUGGGCAACACAAUUGGAGCAACAACAUUCCCACUGAUGGCAUCCAUGCCAAUACCACUACUUUCCUCUUUGGCCCACUUGGCACAGGUGGCAUUUCAAACAGAGCAGUAUGCCAUAGCAAAGAGAGCCUGCAUGGAACUAUGGAGCCACUUUACUUACCUCGACCCUGAGUCCCACAGCUCACAGGACAGACUUGCUGCCACAGGGCUGUGUGUCCAGACCCUGCAUUGCUCCUCUCCUCAACUGGUUCAGUUGUUCCUCAUGUCAAUCUUCAUUGAGACAGAGAUCAAUAUUCAGCAGGGAUCACUCUACAGUGAAUCACUCAGUCAUAAUGGACCCUUUAUCUGGGAAAAGGAAGCCAGACUGGCAGAAUGUGAGCGAAUGCUGGUGGCCACAGAUGUUGCAUUGCGGUUAAAUGAUGGCGAUGCUGCUGUGCAAGCUGUGGUUGCCUGUUAUGGCCUCUUGGCACCUCUUAUCUUUCAUCAGAUCAAGUGUAACCAUGUAGUAGAGGUGCUCAAAAAAUGCUUGAUUGUUUUGGAGGAGAAUUCAGGUGUUCUUAAACAUAAAAGGACAGGCAACACCGCAGAGUCAUUCAUGCACAUGAUAGCCUGCAUUACCUACUACCUGUCGAAGACAUACCGUGUGCUCCAGGAUCCCCAGAUGGCUACUGUGAUGAUGGAUUGUGGUCGAAGGCUUCUCCAAGAGGUCUAUGAUUCCCAGAUGCAGAACACCAGAUUCACAAAUGAGGCUGUGGGUAUGAGAAACACUGGAAAGUCUAAAACACAUGGUCGAACAAUCAAUGGUGAUAGGAUAAGUUUUCAGCUGAAGGCACUGCAUUUAAAGAGCAAGGAAAGCAUCUCACCUGAAGCAGCUGUUUCUGCAGACAAUGAAAUGUCAUGCCCAAUGAGUAGCAGUGAAGAUCCCACCAUAUUGUAUGAUCUAAUCUCUAACAGUCCAUUAAAGGAUGCCUACCAAGAGUUGAUGAAGCUCAAACGCAAGGCAUAUUUUACUGAGUUUGCAGCAAUUCUUCUCCAGAGAACCAUGGAGGAAGGCAACCCCGACCUUGUGCUAAAGUGGGGGCAAAAUAUACUUGAAUUUCUUUCCAGGCGUGACAAGGUGCUGGGACUGUCCAAAAAAUAUUUAGAGGGAAACAGCCAAAGUAACAAAAGAGGCAGUGCUCAGGCUGCAAAAGGAAAUGAAUCGCCCCAGCAGAACAAGAUUACAACUUCUCACACUGACCCAAAAAAUAAAUUGAAGCAGAAAAUUCCAAAGGAUAUAGUGCAGAGAAUAAGAACUAACAGGGAGAUGCAGAUCGUGGAGAACCUUCUGACCAUGAUGUCAUCUGUGGUGAAACGCAGCAAGAAGCAACUUCAGCUGAGGAGCAUGUGCUGUGAGGAGAGAGUGUGGAGGGCUCAUCUCAAUUACUGCUUGGCUCAAGCUCAUUUAGCGCUUCUUUACCAGAGCCUGGACAAGCUGCAUGGAGAAGCGCUGCAGCACAGGUACAGCUACUUAAAUCCAUUGAGCUUCUCUCUGGCCUACUCUGGUGUCCUGAUGCCCAGGAACUCACAGCAACAGCAGUCUCCCAAACAUGAGGAUGUCUCAGAGAAAGACCCCUCUCAUUCUGUUCUCAGGCACUAUGUGGCUGUACACAAAGACAAGAGCAAAGACAAAGCAGUGAGAGUUGAUGGCUCUAUCACAGAGGAGAGCUGUGAGGAUGGAGAGGACUCUUCUUUUACUGUAGAACAGCAGAUUGACAUCAACAGACUUGCAGCCACCUUGCUGUUGGACUCUCUAAACAAAACUGCUUUACAUCUACAAAGAUCCAUGGUAUUGGCCCAUCGUGGCAGCCACUGGACCUACCUGCAGUAUGUGUGUCAGAGUGUGUGGGACCAAAGUUGUAGAAUCAGUGACUUAAUGCAGAAAGCUGCACAGCUUGAACCUCCCUCCACUGUCACAGCAGACCAGCUGAAUACCACAUUUACUCCACUACUGGUGCUAUCUACUGAUCUCAUCAUUGACAUGCUGAAUAGACUUGGGCUGUGGAGUUUGUAUGACAGUGAUCAAACUGAGGAUGAACUAGAGUCCAGUCUGCACUUCUCAGCAACACUGGAUGACAGCACACAUGUGGACCUGCGUUGGGUUCGCACCUUGGUGUUCCACACUCUGGAACGUCUUCAUGAAAAUGGCAAAUGGGAAAGCCUAGCCCACUUUGCCUUAGUUUACAACUUCUACACUAGGGAACGUUAUGCCUUGGUAGUAACUCCUCUACUAGUCCAUGCUCAGAGAAGGCUGCUCGAAAGGAUUAGUUCUUUUGGAGGACCUGCUGUUCCUCAACCACACCAUGUCAAGACAAAGAAGGCCACCGGCAAGGAGAUAACUUGUAGGAGCUAUCCCACUUGCCAGCUUCUCACUGGAUCGAACCCUCAUCCUUCACAGCAACCGGCCCUUCGCAAAAAAGCAGCAGUGACAAACUCCACUCCUCGAGAGGCAGUAGACAUUAAAGGUGCGGAGCUGAAGCACUCCAUGUCCCUCGUUUGCGUUCCCCUGGAUGUAGAAGACACACUGAGCUGUUACCGUGAAGCUCUUGAGAGAAGACCACAUUGUCUCCAGGUCUUCCAGCAUAGUCGUUCAUUGGGGCUACAGCUUCUGGCUUACACACAGCCCUGCUUUUCCACACUGUCAAAGCCCUGUCAGAGCAGAAAUCUGAGCCAUUCUGCAAGUCUGGUUGAUUUCAGUCCUGUAGUUAUGCCAGCUCCAAACAUCGAACCUUGCGACCUGACAGAGGAAGACUACAGUUCUUCAAAUGCUCUCUACAGGCUCCCCAUCAGCCCUGACCAGAUGCUGACUGUCACUGCUGCAUACUCCACCUCCAUAAAGUAUCUCCAGGCAAACGCUCAUGACUCCCUCAGAGUCCUGGCACUGCAUGAAAUGGGAAACCUGCAGUUCUACAAUGGAAACACACGGGCAGCACACUCACACUGGAGGAAAGCCAUAGAUUGUGCCUUACAGAGCUUAGGCACUGUAGAGAAAUGGGAUGGUGUGUCCUUUGGGGGUGGCUCCCUGCAACAAAUGAUGAAACACGCUGGCAUAUGGGGAUGUCUUCAGGCUGCUGUUCUUGCUGCAAAGAUUGCACAGUAUAUCUUGACUUCUGAUGUCAGCCAGAGAACCAAAUGCUGUCUUCUGUCCGCCCACCUCUUCAAGUGUGUGCUACUUUGCUCCUUAGCCCAGCCUCAGGCUGAUCUCCAGUAUGCCAAUCACAGCAUUGGAGAUGAACUUCUUCCUGGAGUUGACCUAUUCUCUGAGCCCCACAGGCUUCACCUUGGCACCACUGUGGCAAGCAUAAACUUUAUUUGCUGCUGGCUUUUCACCACAGGAUACCACAUCACGUUACUGCCAAUACUAGCUCUAUACCAACAUUUUGUGGGGACUGUGUGCAGAGAUGUGCAGCGCACUGUUGAGGCAAAAAUACUUAAGAUACGUACCCUUUCUGAGCUCUGUCUGUUCACUGAAGCUGUAAAAGAAUCAGUUCAACUAAUACAAGGAACUGGGGUUCUUCUGCCGUAUGGACAGUACAUUGCCAAAAACAAUCUCCAGCCUGUGAAGAAAUUCUACACCAACAGGUCUCUCUUGGACAAUGCUGAGGCUUUGGAAGAACUACUCAACACUGAGUUGGCUCCGGAGGUCUGCAAGGUGUAUGGCUCCACAUUGUCCCUUCGUUCUAAACUUGCUCGUAUUCAACUUGUCCUGGCCCUCAGUAACACUGUACACGGUCCUCCAGUGCCAGGAGAAGCUUGUGGAAACUGGAGAUCAGAAAAUACAAAACAAAGUGAAGAGGUCAAACAAGAAAUUACUCUUGAAAUCCAAAAGGAGAAGCUCAGUUUGGAGGGGAUUAAGUUUCUUUUGCUAGAAGGAGCGUCCUCCUUGCUGCACUCUGUUGAGCAGCAGCUCCCACCUCAGUGCUGUAGUAAGAUGGAGAAACUAGAACUGAAAAUCGAGAUCAAUCUUCUAAAGGCCAACCUUUACCUGCAACAAGGACAUUCUGCACUUAGUUCUGUGAUGAGUGUGUCUUCCUUGAUGCUGCUGCAGAAAGCUCCUGUAAUUGUAAAUGGAUCUUUACCUGGCUCUCAGCAACCCAUAUCUGAGCACCAAAAUGCCAAGACUGGAAGUAAACAGGGUGCUCAAGACUGCAGAAUGCCAGUCUACCCGGAGGGAGAUUGUCCUAGAGCUGUUGAGGCCAGUGAGAGAAUUGGAGUUCCCCUCUGGCUGCUCUGUCGCCUUGCUCUGGUCCGUAGCCUGGCAGCACACAACCCUGAUACCAGGUCCCUUUUGCCCGGGAAGAAUAUUAAUGAGGAGAUAGCUCAGACCUUGCAGGAGUGUCUUCGUGAAUGUGAACGAUGGGGAGAUCUUGAUAUUCAAGCUGUUUUGAUGGUUGAGGGUGCAAACUUGGAGGCACAGAGGGGCAGAACUGAUGAAAGCAUGGCAUUGCUGCAGGAAGCUGUCAGCCUGCUCUCAGGACGGUCCUGCAUGCCACCAAAGUCAAGUGUGACUCUUGCCCGGGCCACUUUACUACUCAGCAACCUGAGAGGGAUGCACAGCACCACACUUCUGCAACUUACCCAGAAACUACUGAAAAAGCAGCUGUGUAUUUUUGGAGAGAAUGUGGUGUUGGAAGGUGGAAAAAUUUGUUUUUCUCCUCCUGGACCCAUCAACAUCUACCUACCCUACCUCAACUUACUGGAUCAGGCCACUUUGCAAAUUGGUAACAUCGAUAAUCUUGGCGCGAUGGAAACACCACUUGCUGCUCAGUCCUUGCAAUCCCAUUGUUCAAGCAAGAAUGAAAAAGAGUGUCAAGAUCCCAUUCCAGCUCUGAGCAACUUAAGCAUCUCUGGUCCUAUAAGCCCCCAAUGCUCAGACAGUUAGCCAUACAAUUACACCUUAAGUGAUGCAAUUUUCUCUGUUCUUUUCCUGUUCUGUGCCUACUGAGAAAGCUAGCUGGACGCUUAAGGUCAUGUUAGUCAGUUGUUUGUUGGCUGAAGAGAGACAUAUGUUGUGGCCAACCUGAUGCAAUAAUUAUAUUAUCUAUAAACUGUGAUUAAUAAACAAAUUAUGAAUUAAGUACUGCAUUUGUUUACAGACAUGAAUGUAUAGUUGUAAAAACCAAUUGUAAUCAAUUGCAUAAUAGUUGCAGAAUGAGAGACUGAACAAUUGUCACAUGAGUUUUCUUACUAUGUGAUAUCAGUUUGUGUAAGUUGUUAAGGAUGAUAACCUUUUUGAACUGCUGGACAAACAAGACCAACAUCAAUAAAAUCCAUAGCCUCUUUUUAUGUUUAUUUUGUUAAAAACUCACUAUCCAAAACGGACAAGUCAUUUGACAAAGUGGAGCAGAAACAAGUUAACACAUGAUAGUGUUUAUUGAGGAAAAUUCAGGUUAAGAAAUUUAGACAGGUUAAACAACCACAUGUGAAUAAUAUGCAGGAGUUGUAUCAUGCUGAUAC